UUAGUUAACGUAAAAUAAUUUGAGCUAUUACUUUUACUAUUCUACUGGAACGUUUUAUUAUAUCAAAUGUGAAUGGCAGUGGUGUUUAUUUUCGUGUGUAUCGUUUUACAGAUUUAAAUAAGAAAACGUCUGUGAAAAAUAAAUUAUGGCUUCUUCACGUGAAUCUGGAUUUGCAAUGUAUGAGAUGAAACAGACAAAAGAAUCCCUUGAUACCGCCGUAAUAAGGUCAAUGAUCUCUCCAAGAUAUGAAUAUAUCGUGGCAUUAGAUAUCGGAACUACUUAUUCAGCAUAUGCUUAUGCUGAUAAACAUGAUAUUAAUUUUGAAAAAAAUCAAAUGGACAUAUCUUGCAAUCAAGCUUGGAGUGCUGGAAAGUCUAAUUGCAUAACAAUGAAAACUCCGACGAGUAUUUUACUUGAUGAUGCAGGAGAACUGGUUUCGUUCGGCUACGAAGCAGAGGAUAAAUAUGGAAAACUGGUAAAAGAUAAAGUCAAAGAUUUCUAUUUCUUCAGAAGAUUUAAAAUGGCUUUAUACAAAAAUAUUCCCACAUCUCUUAUGGUGUUAAAUGAUGUUAACGGGAGGCCUUUAUUAGCGGAAACUGUAUUUGCAAGAGCAAUUUCAGCUUUAAUGAAAGAAUUCAAAGACUCUAUCACUAGACAUGGUAUUCAUUUAAGUACUGACGAAGUUCGUUGGGUUCUCACAGUUCCAGCAAUAUGGUCAGAAGCUGCCAAGAGGUUUAUGAGGAAAAGUGCUGAAGUCGCUGGCAUUCCAGACAACCAGCUGAUAAUUGCAUUAGAACCAGAGGCUGCAUCAAUAUAUUGUCAAUAUGUAAAGAGCAAAGAUCUCAGUGAUCCUAAACUAACGGUUUCAAGUACCGGAACGCAGUACAUGGUCGUUGAUCUUGGUGGUGGGACAGUGGAUAUUGCCGUUCAUGAAAAAUUAGGAAACGGGUACUUGAAAGAAAUCCAUCACGCAACCGGUGACGACUGUGGGGGAAUUCGAUAAAUAACAGUUUGGUUCAUGAAUUGAUUCGAAACUUUGGAGGUCCUUUAAUAAAAGAGAUCGAACGGAGUCAUCCGAAAGAAUACUUUGACAUCCAUAGGGAGUUCGAAGCGGCCAAAAAAAAUUUUGAUCCAUUUAAAGAAAACGAAAUGUCACUGCGGUUACCAUAUAUUUUCCUAAAUGCCAUAUGCAAGAAAAUGACAACAGAAAACUUCGAACAAAUACUUCACCUAGGUCCACAUGAUGACAAACUUACCAUAGAAAACGACUGGGUGUACAUAAGUGCAAACUUGGUAAGAAAGCGACUCUUUGAUCCAACAGCUGAGAGAAUAUGCAAUCUUAUCACGCAAAUAAUAUUUAGUGUAAACAAUCCAAGGCUAACAAAAAUUCUUUUAGUUGGAGGAUUAGCAGAUUCAAAAUAUAUACAAGAUGCCAUUCGGAAAGGAUUUCCAAAUAACAAAGUUAUUGUCCCACAGGAUGCAGAUCUUUGUGUAAUCAAAGGAGCGGUUAUGUUUGGUCAUUCACCACAUCUAAUUUCGCAUCGUGUUUCGCGAUUCUCGUAUGGAGUAGGUAUAGCACCUGAAUUUGAUAGUUCAAAGCACGACGAAAAGCGAAAGAGCGUUAUAGAAGGAGUGGAGAGAUGUGAUGGGGUUUUUGGUCUUUAUGCCGCAUCUGGAUCAGUCUUGGAGAUGGAUACAACCAUCAAAAAGACACACUACACUCUUCACAGAUAUCAGAAAGCUGUUGAUCUAUCAAUUUUUGCGUCAACAAAAGAUAAUCCAAAGUACACAGAUGAAGACGAAUGUGAAAAAAUAGGACAUUUCGUGGUAACACUUAAAAAUCCAACUAAACAAAAGAGAGCAGUAGAGGUUACUGUUGUAUUUGGAAAUACCGAAUUGAAAGUUUAUGCCUUUGAUAAAACAUCUGGAGAACAGUGUGAUGCUUCUUUCGAUUUGCCACUUUUCUGAAUCGAAACGUUUUUUUUUUUUUACCUAAUUACUUCUGUUGCAUUUCAGUUUUGACAUCAGUUUCAAUGUAUGGCUUAGACGUCUGUUGUCAGCUUAUUUAGGGAUAUUUAAAUAUGACGUAAGUUUGAAAUUAAGGUAAUGGCUUUACAAUUAAACAUCAUCAAACCAAGACGAAAAAGGGUACGAAAAGCGGAGUUAUAUUAUUGUUCUGACAGAGACAAAACAUUUUUUUUUCUUCACUUUUACAACUUGAAAGUUGGAUUUUUAAAAGUUAUGCAGAAUAGUAUAAGAUUGUAAUCAAUAUUAGAAAAAGGAGGCUUGUAAUUAUACAAAUGUAAAUGGUACAAAAGUUUUUCUGGACGAUAUCCUUUCUAUGAAAAAAUUUAAUUAUCUGUUUUAUUUCUUGGUGGUAAUUAAUUUAGAUUUUUUUUUUAUGACAGUUGUCUUAGACAGGAUGUUGGAUGUCUACUAUUUUAGUCUAAGACGCAUACUUUUGUAUUUGCUGUUUUUGGUUUUGAACUAGCUUUCAGUAACUGUGAGUACUCUCACACCUGUACUUUGUGUCUUUUGUGUUUUUGUACCGAUUUGUAUGUGCUUUGUAUCGAUCAUAUGAGUUAAUCCCUUUCAACUGAUUUUGAUAGUUUGUUCCUAUGUUGUACUGUUACACCACUGUACCAGGUUAGGGGGAGGGUUUUGUGCUAGCAGACAUGUUUAACCCCGCCACAUCCUUGAUGUGCCUUACCCAAGUCAGGUAACAUAUACCGUAAAAGUUUAAAUAGUCCUUGCUAUAUCGUGAAUCACGACAACUCAGAAUCAAAGUUCGAAAAGCAUCUGGUGACAUUACUAAAAGACCAUCAAAGGUUAUACGUAUAUAUUGUUGUGUUUGCCUUGAUAUUAUCACAUUUCAAAUUGUAUAGAAAUAAAAAGAUAUCCCCUUCCACAGAUUUAGCAGAAAGUAAUGGGAUUCUCCUCAAUACGUCGUUUGUUUUUGUGAUGCUGGGUGCCGUCUCAUUGACUAUAUGCCCCACGUCUCCUUAGCUUCAAUUUAAAUCAUAAUUAUUUGUUUUGUAAAUAUAACAUAAAUCAACUGUUUUUAUUUGCAUAAAAUAUAUGAAUAAUUCAUCAUGUUAUUAUGAAAGUAUUUCUGUGGUUUAUAUUUGGUGAUUUGUGAAUUAUGAAACAUAUAUUAUUAUUUUUGUCAAUAUCCAAUCAUAUCAGGCAUGAACUCCAAAACUUGUUUUCACAACAUAAACAACCAAAUAGCAAUUGGAGAAGGCACUAGCUAGAAAAAUUAAAGGUCUCUGAAAAUCUUGGCAAAAUAAUUAUAUCGAUGCUUAAUAAUAUUAUGCACAUUGCACAUUUUCGAAGAGAUAAUAAAUGAAGUGUUUUUGUAAUAUGACAGAAACGUCAUAAAAUGUGUACGUGAAAUUGUUCAUCCUGUUGAAAUUCUUUUUAACUCUUCAAGCUUGUGAUUGAACUGUUGCUGUUCAAUCGUUGAAUUUGGUAUUUGGAUUAAAUAUCGUUAGAAAUAAGACUGAGAUAA